AUGGAGAUUUCUAUAACAAAGGUGAAUGGAAAGAGCAUAAACCUAGAGGUUGAUGAUAGCUCCGACACCAUCCACCUCAAGAUCCAUGGACCUACCCGUAAAUUGGUUCUUCGUCUAGGUCCAGAACCGGAUAUGGAUUUGGAUUCAGAGCCAGUCAUGAGGAUUUCUGUAUCGACUCUUGGAGGGAAAACAUUAAACCUAGAGGUUAAGGAGACCGACACUACUAAAAUCGUCAAGAACAAGAUCCGUGGUCUUGGGGGCCCAUCAGUGAACCAGCAGGUACUGAUCUUUGAAGGCAUCACGCUCCUAAGCGGACGCACCCUAGCCAGCUACGGUAUCAAGACGGGUUCGGAACUUUUGAUGAUGUCGCAGCAAUGCGGUUGCUAA